AUGGAGGAACUCUCGGUCGAUGAAAAGGUCAAAAUAGCUUCUGGAUUCUUGUUGGCUAGUCCACCUGGUGAAGUUAACGAUGUCUUUAAUGAUGUCCGCACCUUAGUUGCCAAUGAUGACGCUUUACAAGAUGGUAUCCUAGAAGCACUCGAGCAAUACAAUACUGAGCAGCUUAUUACUGUUAUUCCACCUGGUUUGGAUUAUGAGGUGAUCGUUUCGAGCCACGGCAAAGUGGGUGAAGAUCGGUACCUGGAUCCUCGUUCCAAGCAAACAUUCAAGUUUGAUCAUAUGCGUCUGAUUGCUUCUGAAUUGGAGUCGCAUGAUAUUGAUGAAUCCUUGGAAGAGCUCAGAUCUACCAUCGAGACUGAAGUUGCUGCCUAUGUCAAGGAUCACUAUCCUGAAGGUGUCUGCACUGUGUAUGCUACGGAUGAGCACCGUAUUGUCAUUGCUAUUGUCGACAACAAGUAUAAUCCUGGCAACUAUUGGAAUGGACGAUGGAGAGCAGUAUGGACCUUUGAUACCCAAUCUGGCGAGCUCAAGAGCGUCACCAAGAUCAAUGUGCAUUAUUAUGAAGAUGGCAACGUACAAUUGAAUGCUGAAAAGGAGCACGAAACCAAAGUGUCUAUAAGCGAGGAUCACGACAAGGUGGCCAAGGCACUCGCUAAGGAAAUGGCUACACUCGACAAGAAAUACCAUCAAUCAUUGAAUGAUAGCUACGGCGACCUUGCAGAGAACACAUUCAAGGGUUUACGUCGCGCAUUGCCAUUGACUCGUAACAAGCUAGACUGGAACAAGAUUUUGAAUUACAAGAUUGGUAACGAGCUUUCACAGAAAUAA